CAGUUAUUAUUUUUUUUUAAUACACGAUCGACGAUUAUUGUCCCGAAAUAAUUUAGAAAUCAUGAAGUUAUUGUUUUGUUUUUCGAUGGUGAUAAUGGCCUGUUUGUUUAAGGAAGUGAUGAAUUGCCAAUCGGCAGAUGAUUGUGCACCCGACGAAUGUUGCCGUUUAGGCAUGGAUAGAUACGUCACUCCAUUCUGCCAGAAAAUUGGUCAGCGAGGAGACAGUUGCAUUCCCGGAAAUUUUCCUGAAGAUAAGAUCUUGUCUUACCCCGACGGAAGUACAUUGAAAGUAAGAGGAGUGUACAGAUUAAUGUGUCCGUGCCAAAGUUUCUUGCAGUGUGACGAAGGAAUAUGCCAAUAAUUAUUUCCCUUCCAUCCCUACCGGUUAAAUACGUUCCAGCGGAUAAUGGAUUUUAGCAUUUAAUCGCAUAUAUCAUCAUUUUUUCCUAUAUUAUAUUCAAUAAAAAUAAGCAAAAGCUA